CCAGCUGAUCCGACUCAAUCCAUUGCCGCACACAUCAACCGCCCAACCCCUAAACCAACUAACUGACUGGAGUUUUCUAUAACGUCUCUUUGUGUGGGUCAAUAUGGAUUUGAACGAAGCCACUCUGCUCGAUUUGUCCGCUACUUUGUCGCAAACUUUGAGUCCGGACCGCGCCGUGCGGACUCAAGCCGAGUCGAAUCUGCACUCUUUGGCCAAUCAACGGGGUUUCCCGCUCGUUUUGUUGUCCUUGUUGGACAAGGAUCAAGUGGAGCUGCAAGUGAGAGUGGCCGGGGCCAUUCACUUCAAGAACCUCAUCAAGGCCACCUGGAAAGUGACUGAGGAUUCCGACGACAAGAUCCAUGCAGAGGAUCGAGAUCGCAUCAAGCAAUUGAUCGUGGAUAUGAUGCUAAAAUCCCCUCCUCACAUUCAAAAGCAAUUAAGCAAUGCCAUUGCCAUCAUAGGCCAGCAAGAUUUUCCUAUGAAAUGGCCGGAGCUGCUGCAAAACAUGGUGCAGAAAUUCGCUUCCGGAGACUUCCAUCUGAUCAAUGGUGUCCUCCAGACGGCUGCCUCCAUUUUUGAGAAAUACUCGUUUGAGAUGAAGUCCCAGAAACUCUGGGAAGAGAUCAAGUUCGUGUUGGACAAUUUUGCCCAACCCUUCACGGAUUUGAUGAAUGCCACCAUGGGAUUGGCCAAGCAACAUGCAGCCAAUCCCGACGCGUUGAAGGUCAUCUUCGGAUCGUUGGUGCAGAUCGCCAAGAUCUUCUAUUACUUGAAUUACCAGGAUCUACCCGAGUUCUUUGAGGACAACAUCACUGUAUGGAUGAACCAUUUUCAUGAGUUGCUCACCUCAGACAAUAAGAUCCUUAAGACCGAGGACGAAGAAGAACCCGGACUCUUGGAGGAGCUCAAAUCUCAAAUCUGCGAUAACAUUGGGCUGUACGCUCAUAAAUACGAAGAAGAGUUUUCCCCAUUCAUGCAGCAAUUCGUGACGGCUGUCUGGAAUCUGUUACUCACCGUGGGUCCCCAAGUCAAGUACGACCUCUUGGCCUCAAACGCCAUCCAGUUCCUGGCCUCUGUAGCAGAUCGCCAACAGUACAAGAGUCUCUUCGAGGACCGUAACGUCCUCAGUUCCAUCUGUGAGAAAGUGAUUGUGCCCAAUAUUGAGAUGAGAGACAUCGACGUUGAACAGUUUGAGGACAAUGCUGAAGAGUACAUCCGUCGAGAUCUGGAAGGUUCUGAUGUUGACACUCGGCGCCGAGCGGCCUGUGACCUGGUCAAAGGGUUGUCCAGGUACUUUGAAUCUCAAAUCACCGAGAUCUUUGGUGCCUAUGUGAAAACCAUGUUGGAAAUGUAUGCCACAAAUCCCGCCCAGAAAUGGCGGAGCAAGGAUGCGGCCAUUUAUCUGGUUACAUCCUUGGCCACCCGCGCCAAAACAGCCAAACAUGGCAUCACUCAAACUAACCAAUUGGUGGACUUGAGCGACUUUUGCUUAAAAUACAUCAUCCCCGAUCUUCAGUCGCAGAACGUGAACGAGCUACCCGUGAUCAAGGCGGACGCCAUCAAGUAUGUCAUGACAUUCCGCUCGCAACUCCCUCCGGAGACGAUUAAGGCUUGCCUCCCUUUGCUCAUUCCUUUCCUAAGAGCCGAGAGCCACGUGGUUCACACCUACGCCGCGGCAGCUGUAGACAAGAUCUUGAUCAUGAAGAAGCCUGGGUUGCAGGAUGCGCUCGUGUCCUCGCAGGACCUGGCACCUUUGGCGGAGCAGCUCCUGACCGGCCUAUUUGGUGCCUUCAGUCUCCCUGGCUCUACUGAGAACGAGUACGUUAUGAAGUGCGUGAUGCGCAGCUUUUCCACUCUCAAGGAGAGCGUUAUCCCUUACUUGGCGUCCUUACUCCCUGUCCUCACCCAAAAGCUGCAAUUGGCAGCCAAAAACCCGACCCGACCCCAUUAUAACCACUACUUAUUCGAGUCCUUGGGUCUGUCAAUUCGGAUCGUGUGCAAGACACAACCUCAAGCAGUGGCCAAUUUUGAGUCUGUCUUGUUCCCGGUGUUCCAAGAGAUUCUUCAACAAGAUGUCCAAGAGUUUGUGCCCUACGUGUUCCAAAUCUUGUCAUUGUUAUUGGAGUUGCACACUGAUUCUGUGCCACAGCCCUACAUGGAGCUAUUCCAAUUCCUUUUAAUGCCUGUCCUUUGGGAUCGACCUGGGAAUGUGACCCCAUUGGUGAGGCUGAUUCAGGCUUACAUCUCACGAGGUCCCCAGCAAAUCAUCAACUUGGACAAGGUCGAAGCCCUGCUUGGCGUAUUUCAAAAGCUCAUUGCCUCCAAGAGCAAUGAUCAUGAAGGCUUCUAUCUGGUCCAAUCACUUGUGGAGCACUUUCCCGAGCAAAUUAUGGAUAAAUACUUGACCAGUAUCUUUAGACUUUUGUUCCAAAGGCUGACUUCGUCCAAAACCACCAAGUUCGUCAAGAGCUUCUUGGUUUUCAUGUUUCUUGUGGCCAUCAAGUAUGGUGGUUCCAAGCUCAUUCAAACCAUUGACUCCAUCCAAGCCCAAAUGUUUUCCAUGGUCUGUGAAAGACUCAUCAUCCUCGAGAUUCAAAAGGUGUCUGGGUCCACCGAGAAGAAAAUCUGCGCCGUCGGCCUGACCAAAUUACUCUGUGACACUCCAGAAAUGACCCAAGGAUCCUACGCCAAUUUCUGGACGCCCAUUCUUCAAGCCUUGGUGGGACUGUUCGAACUCCCAGAGGACGAAACCAUCCCGGAUGAUGAGCAUUUCAUCGAGAUCGAAGACACGCCAGGCUACCAGACAGCCUACAGUCAAUUGGUUUUUGUGGGCAAGCGGAACCACGACCCUUUGGCGGGAGUGGCAGAUCCAAGGGUGAAUCUGGCCCAGAGCUUACACAAGAUGUCGGUAGCUCGCCCAGGAAUGAUUGGACCUCUGGUGGCUCAAAUGAACCCCCAGGCUCAGCAGUUCUUACAGAAGUACCUGCAAGCCGCCAAUGUGAACUUGAGUUGAAAAUGCUGCAAGGGGAUUUCUUGGUAUUUUAUGUAAUAAAACGGUCAUCAUUCAUAUAAAA